CUCAUAUGGCAAGCCAAUAAGAUUCGGUCAGUCAAUGCCAUCUAGUCAGAUAGGUUUCUGUGUAUCCUGUAAUCAGUCAUGACUGUCGAUUAUCAUUAAUUCAAACCAAACAAUUAUCUGCAGAUGACAUUGAAAUUUUGUUUGCAGCUUGUGUAUAAAUAUAUGCAGUCACGUCGAUGAAAUAUUCUGUUCGAAUGAAUGACCAUAUGCUGCAGCAUUGAAUUGCCUAGACUAUAUCACAUGAUCAUUUUGCAUUUGUAAGUAGUUAGUACACGUAGUACUCUUACAACUUCUAGUGCUUUGUAUACGACGAUGAAAACACUCGAUAUCAAGUGUAUCGUCCAAAGGCUCUCGGUGUCAGCAGUUUUUGGGAUCUAAAUGAGAUGUGAUUGAUUGUGACCGAAGUCAUCAUAGGAUAUACUAAACACUUAGAGCACAGGGUGAAACUGCAUGGAUUGUAUUAGACUCUGCCUCCAGAUAUAGUUUAAUGCAGCCUGAGAGCCGUGAACUCCUCUCAUCAGUUGUAGCUGUGUUUUGUUUACAACACAAAUGCAUCAGACUUUCUUGCUCAAAGUGGCUUGAAUUGAGGCUACAUAUAAGUUUGUGUUCAUACCAUGGCCAGUGAAUCAACAGCAAGAUUAAGAGGAAAAAAAGAUGAGAAAGUACCUCUGAAAAAAUCAACCGCCACUACCCCGAGUCUGGCUGGUCCGUUGGAAGAGGCAGAAACAGCCUUAGGCAUGCUGGAAUAUGGGUCAAAUUCAACACCCAAGACGGCCACAGAAACAGAGACUGAUUCUGGAGACUACUCCGUUAAUGAUGCCAUUGAUGCUAUAGGAGUUGGCUGUUUACAAAUCACAAUUCUCAUCACAUCUUUUCUUGCUAUGCUUGCUGUGUUUGCGCAGAUUCUCCUGUCUACAACAAUUAAUGAAAUCUUAAGGUGUACUCUGAAAUUAAGCGAUGACAAAGUUGCACUUAUCUCAACAAUGCUGUUUGUUGGUGAGCUACUUGGUACAUACCCGAUCAGCAAAUUCCUGGAUCACUUUGGAAGGAGACCAGUAAGUCAACCCAGCAUGAUGAAGAUUUUCCUGAGGUUUAAAUUAAUUGAUGUUUAUGCAUGUGGAUGCCUCCCUAUUGGAUCUGCCGAUAGCUUAAUGGGCCUUUAGCUUAAUGCCUCGCCCCAAAGAGUGCAUCACCAACCUAUGUUUAGCAACAAAGAUUUUUGCAG